AUGUCCACACCACCGACGUUGCCUGUGCCUGAAGGCGCGGCGUCCGAUGACUUUGAGGCUGAUGUCGGCGUCGAGGAUGGCCCAGCCAAGGAGGAGGCGGUCCAUUUCUGCCUGUUGGCCGAGUUUGAUAUUGAUGCCGGCGCGACGCUCGCACAUCAAUACCCUUACCCUACUGGCACCGAAGAACACCGCCUCGCCGAGCUCAUGCUUCCUGAUGGCGCGCAUUUACGCGGCGAGGACUGGACCGUCUUCUACCUCGGACAGACGGAUAGCGUGUCGGUAUCGCCGAUGCUUAGUCACGAGGAUAAGGCACGGUUGAGCAAGCGCGUGAGCAUGCUACCGCCAUCGGAACGGCCGCGGCGCGGAACGCCCGGCGGCGGCCUGCUGUAUGUUCUCAACUGUGUGCGGAUGAAGGAGGACAAGAGCGUGCGUCGCGGAGCCAUGGUCAAGGCCAUGGCUAUUGCCACGCCACAUCCCCACAUCGGGAUUUACAAGCCACUACUCCUCCUCGCCCUCGACGAGUACUUCAACAACCCGUCGCCCGACGUGCUGGCAAAGCUGUACGACUCGGCCAAUGCCGUCUCGGUCGUGGGCAUGCCCAAGCUGAACCGCCAUGAGCAGAUCCUUCUGCGCCAGAGCGACAGGAAGGACAUGUUUGAGAACCGGUUCGGGCAGAACGCUGUGACGCACAUAGCCGACGACGACGCCGCAGACGUUUCAUCCAUCACCGACGCGAGCACGCGCGCGGCGAGCAUCAGCUCGAGCCGCCCGAAUCCCACGCGCAAGGACUCAUCCAGCAGCUCGCAAGUGUACAUGUCAUACAACGACAUGCCGAAGCGGCACGGCGUGCCGCGGGACACGCACUUUUUCGAGACCGAGGCCAAGUUUAAGAAGAUCACGGUGCCUAUCCGCAUCCCAAUGACUGUGUUCGACGAGGACGUCGGCGACUACUCGAUCAUCGAGCUCGUGCAAACCUUUUCGCAGAGCGUGCAGCCCUUCCCGCCGCCCUUCCACCCGACGCUGCACACGAAUGGCGCUUACACGCACCCCGUGUUCCUCAUCUUCAACGCGAUUCUCACGCACAAGCGCGUCAUCUUCCUUGGUCACGGAAAACCAGCAAACCAAGUCGCGCGCAUGGUGCUCGCGGCGUGCGCCAUGGUGUCGGGCUGCGGCCAGGUUCUGCGGGGCUUCACUGAGACGGCGUUCCCAUACGCCAACCUCGCGUCGCUGGACGUGCUCGAGGAGUUUGACGGCUACGUCGCGGGCGUGUGCAACCCGCGCUUUGAGGAGCUGCCGUCUACCUGGGACGUUCUGUGCAACGUCGAGACAGGACGAGUCACGGUCAGCAAGGAACUGCAGAUGCCAGGAACCAUCCAAGGCACCAAGAGCGACAUGACGAGCGAGCGUAGCGUCAGCACGGGCAAGGACGAGGACGCAGCCAUGGCCGGUGGGAAGGCGCACAGUGUUAGCAAGGCCGACUGCCUUGACAACCAGUUUGUCGAGGAGAUACUGGCCGCGUCGUCGGCGCAUUAUGGUGAGGGCCACAUCCGCGUCCGCUGGACCGACUACAUAUCGCGCUUUGUUCGUCUCGUCGCGUACCAGGAGCAGCUGCAUCUCGGGUCGACACGGUUAGGCUGGCAGUAUGAGCCGUACCGUGAUGGUCACCUCGGCAGCGGCAUUGUGUUCAUCGACGACGACCUGCGACAGCGCGAAAUGCGCGGCAACGCGCACCGCAUCGACGCGUUCCGCAAGACCAAGAGUUACCGCCUAGCGCAAAAGGACUGGGCGCGCGAGCAGGAGCACUCUGCGAUCCGGGGCUUCGACGCUCUGCACAACGUCAAGCGUCUGCGCAUGACGCGCAGCAUGAGCAACAAAGAGGCUGAGCUCAUCUUCUCCACCAUGGUCCGGCAGGUACGCACGUACGACCAGGUCGUCGAGCUCCUCACUUUCCUGCCGAUGCACUUCGGCGGGCUGAUCCCUAUCGCAAACGGCCUCAUCCACCCGUUAUCCAAUGUGCGCAAUGACUGCCUCGACCUGCUGUGCACCAUCAACCAGUACACUGUGGGACGGCACGCGCUGCUCACGUUAAACUAUCUUCUGCGUAAGACGUUUGUCGAGCUGCUGGAGCGGCGCGAGGCGACGCGCGCAUUCCAGCGCCGCUUUGACGAGCCGGAGAAGACGCCAGCCACCGCCAGAGCGGGCGAGCUCGCUGCGCAACAGGCCCAGCCGCAGACGAAGGCGGCACUCAAGGCAUAG